UGUUUUCGCUGAUUAAUCAUUAAUGUUAUUAAUUUCAAUAAAUUAAAAAUCAAUCCUAAGUGAAUUAUAACCAUGUCAUUAAACGAUUUACCUGAUAUUUGUCUUUGGAUGAUCUUUGAAAAUGUCCAUGAGGCCAAAGAAUUGAUUCGAUUGUCUAAAGUUUGUUCGAGAUGGUCCGAUUUAAUUAGGCUGAGAUUUAAUCGAGUAAAAUAUCUUCAAAUGAUAUCUGAUGAACAAGUUGAUUAUAUCGACAAGAGCCGUUUGUGGAUUAACUACAUACUGUAUGCUGCGACCAUAAGUGAUUACAAUUUGAUGAACUUUUUUCCAAAUCUAAAGAUUAUUGAGCUUUCGCCUUUCGCCUGUCUUAGUCUUCGAUCUUAUAAUUUGACAAAAAUGAUCAACAAUAGUUCAAAAAUCAAAGGAUUGAUUGGACUUUAUGAACCUGUUGAGAACGGAUAUAACUUGGAAAAUAUCGAAUUGGUUUCAUCAGAUUUCAAAUUCGAAUUCAAAAAAGUCUUUCGACCUGAUCAGUUGAAACAGAUUCACUUUAGACGAAUACACUUGUCAAGACUAUCUCAAAUUAUCGAAUACUUUCCGAAUUUGAAGCGAAUCAGCUUGACACUUCGUAAUGACACAAAAACAAAUUACGAUGGUGCAAAUUUGGUUGGUUUGAAGAUACUCGAAUUAAAAGCAAAGUUUCCUGACUCGUUUGGGUUUCAUCUUAUUGAUUCUUGUCCAUUUCUAGAAAGUUUAUUCUUCUAUUAUAAUGGAAGUGAUCUUUAUGUAGACGAAUCGAUGAAGAAUUUCAAUCUGAGAGAUUUGGUUAUCGAUCAUGCUCUUUUUUUUACCUGGCCAUUAAUGCGAAGAGUUCUGUCCAAAUUCCCGAAUUUACAUCAUCUUUCAAUUAGAAACAGUAAAGAGAUUGAUGAUAAUCAUGUGAAAGAAUUGGUGAAAAUUUUACCAGAAAUAAAAUUGUUGGACUUGAGAAGAUCAAAAGGAGUAACUUCACAAUCAGCUGAUUAUUUGAACGAAUUCUGUCUCAAAUCUCGUCGAUCCAUUGAAAUCUAUUAUGAUUGUGAAGAGGAACCAACUGAAUGGCCUAAAUUAGGAAUACCCAGAGAACUAAUUGCUUACGGAUUCGAUUUCAUGAAGCAUUGUUUUUAUAAGAAUUUUUCCUCCCUUCCGUAUCUGAUUGAUGAAUGAAAAUCGCACAAUCCUUGAAAUCUUGCGAGAACUUUUCAGCCGAUGUGACCAAGUGAAACAAGAAAAAUGGAUAAAUUUUCGUUAAUAAUUAGUAUUCAUACUAUAUCGACUCAAGCUGAUGACUCAGUCACUUCAACAAUCGACUGACUUUAAUCAAUCAAAAUGCCGACCAAAUCAUGAUGUUAAUUAUUUACUACAAUGUAAUAUUCCCACUUGAGUUGUAUUUUUUACUUUUUUACAUACAUUAUAUUAAUACAUACUUAUCUCUACUUGGUAAUUAAAAUCAUCGCAAA